CAGGGGCGGACUGACCAUUUGGAAACUCGGGCAGUGCCCGAGGGCCCGGGGUCAGUAGGGGGCCCCAUGAGAUGCCCCUAGUACCUUUUUCAUAGGCUUUUUUGAGUUUGGGCAAGGACACAGGGGCCCCAUGAUCCUCUAUUGCCCCAGGGGCCCUAUGAGUUGUCAGUCCCACCUAUCUGAUCCUACUGUGCAUGGAUCCCCUUUUCCAUAGUUCAGGCUGGUACCUCCAACAUCUGUCGCAGAGUCCAUCUCUGGAGGGUGACUACAUUCCCACAUACAAUGCCCCUGGUACCUUUUUCAUAGGCUUUUUUGAGUUUAGGCAAGGACACAGGGCCCCAUGAUCCCCUAUUGCCCGGGGGCCCCAU